UCUCUUUCUUCCCUUGCAGAUUGUGCCCCUGAUGCUAUUUCAGCUCGUGGAGCCUUAGAGCUUUUUGUACAGAUUUUCUGUCCCGAGACCCAUUUUUUUUUUCCUGAAUGCGAACCUGUGACUGGAAGCUCCUGAUUUCUGUUUAUUACCUCAAAUAAUAAUGUCAUAAACCUCUCCCUCUUGACCUGUGUUUGUCUGCCUUUCCAGUUACGCUCCAAGCCGGUGCCUGAGGGCUCUGCCUGUCUCUGCAGCCGCUGCAGGAGCAGGCAGACCCGUUUGGCAAGUGUGACCCUGCCUGUCAGCUGUGCUUUGGACAUCCCCGCGGAGACAGCUGAGAAGACCUUGGGAAGAAAAAAAAAAAAACCUGAAGCUGGGCGGGUCCGGGGCAGAAAAAUCAGUGAAGGAGGAACUUAGUCAUGAGAAUUACAACCACACCAAGGUAAUCAUCAGCUUCGUUAGGAGUGGCCUCAAACGAACUGGGAACCAGCAGCAGGAAAAGACGACUGCGGGGCAAGAGAAGUGGUGCAAUCCAGGAGGCAGAGGUUGGGGAUUUAUUUGCUUGUAGCUGAACAUGGCAGGGGAUGUGAAGAGGUUCACACGAGUGCUCCUGGAAUGCAGCAGCAAUGACAAGCUGUGUGUUGUGCGUGAAUACCAACCUGAAGUGAUCGUCGUCCCCGUUCUCCUCGUGGGGCUUUUUGUCAUCGUGCUCACCGUGAUCCUUUGGCUCCACUGUCGAGGCUUGAGAGCAAAGCAGGAGCAACCCCCACCACCACCUGGAACCCAAGUGAAGAGAAAGAAUCAGCAGGAAUCCUGCUCGACAGAGAACGGCUACAUCCAGCUGAGUGAGACAUCCGUGGAGGGCCUGCUCAAAUCUGCAUCCCUGACUCUGAAAGAACUGCAGAUACCACGAGAGAAGCUCCUGCCAGGCACCUUCCAGCUGAUAAAGCAUGGUGCCUAUGGGAGCAUCUACAGGGCACAGCUGGAAACUGGGAGCUCUGGGAGGGCGAGGACUGUGGUGCUGAAAGCCUCACAAGGCCUGUCCAGUCCUCAGGAAGUAAAGGAUUUCCUGGGAAGGAUUAAAUUCCAUCAAAAUCUUGGCCGUCACCAGAACCUGGUUGAACUGGUUGGAUGCUGUGUGGACAAACUCCCACUUUACAUGAUCAUGGAAGAUGUGUCUCUUGGUGACCUGCUGACGUUUCUGUGGAUGUGUCGGAAGGAUGUAAUGGCAAUGGAUGGGAUCCCCUAUGACCUCACUGAGAGGCAAGUUUACGAAGUUGGACAGCAGGUUGCAGCAGCCCUGGCUUACCUUGAGGAGAAGAAGCUGUUCCACGGGGAUGUUGCUGCCAGGAACGUCCUCCUCCAUCCCGACUUCACGGCCAAGCUCUGUGGUUUGGGCCUGGCCUACGAAACCCACGCCUGCGGUGCCACCUCGGUCGCACGGGGGGUGCCAGUCAAGUGGCAGGCCCCGGAGAGGCUCCUGAGGAAACCCCCCAGCAUCCAGGCAGACGUGUGGUCUUUUGGAAUUCUACUGUAUGAGAUGAUUACAUUAGGUGCUCCCCCAUAUCCUGAGGUGCCACCUUCUGACAUCCUGGCACACCUGCAGAGGCAGAACGUCAUGAAGCAGCCCUCAAACUGCCAGCAAGCCAUGUACGGCAUCAUGAAGUCCUGCUGGCAGUGGAACGCAGCUCACAGGCCUUCCCCAGCACAGCUCAUCUACUCCCUGAAAGCAGCUGUGAAGGGCAGCAAUGGCCACACAGUCCUGCAGGCCAGACACAACAAGCUGUUAUCAUUGCUAUUAAAUCAGCGUGUGGAUAUCACUCUGCCAGUGGUCGUUUGGGAGAUAACUGUGUUUAGGGAGCUGUAGAGAAUGUAAUGAGAAACUGGAGUUAAAGGAGUGUAUUAGGUUUGGGUGGCAAGGUUUUGGUUAGUGGGGUGGACUGAGAUCCACCUGCAGCCCGUGGAGGAGCCCACACUGGAGCAGGUGGAUGCCUGAGGGAGGCUGUGAUCCCGUGGGAAGCCUGUGCUGGAGAAGAAUCCUGGGAGGGAGCUCUGGGGAAGGACUGCACCCUGUGGAACGUGACUCAUGCUGGAGCAAUUUCCUGCCUGAGGGAAGGAAUCAGGCUGGAGAAGUUCCUGGAGGAUGCCACACUGGAGCAGGGAAAGAGUGUGAGGAGUCCCCCGCCCUGAGGAGGAAGGAGCAGCGGAGACACCGUGUGAUGGACUGACCACAACCCCCAUUCCCGGUCCCCCUGCUGGACAGGAGGAGGCAGAGAAACCGGGAGUGAAGCUGAGCCUGGGAAGGAGAGAGAGGUGAGGGAAGGUGUCUUAAGAUUUGGUUUUAUUUCUCAUUAUCCUACCUGAAUUUGAUUAGCAAUAGAUUAAUUCCCCCCCCAGGUCGAGUCGAGUCUACUUUGCCCAUGAUGGUAACUGGGGAGUGAUCUCUCCCUUAGCUUGACCUAUGAGCCUUUUCUUGUUGUAUUUUCCCUCUCCUGUCCAGUUGAGAAGAGGGAUUCAGGGAGUGACUGGAGGGGCACCUGGAAUUCAGCCAGGAAAACUCAACCCAUCAUAAGGUUUCUGGAAGUCUUUUCCCUUCCUUUCUGUCCCAGGAAACUUGUCAGUUGGGUGUUCAAAGUAGUAGAUGUGUUGGGGAACGUGCUGGGGAAGUGUUCACUAAAUGUCUGGGAUUUCUCCAGUGCUUUAUACUCCCAUGGGAGAGUGGGUACUGUGUGAAAACAAACAAGCAAAACCCCAAACAAAAAACCCCAAACAAAACCAACAGCAACAACAAAACCGAGCAAAACCCUUCGUAUCUGAAAAUAUUUGAUCACUGAUUUUAAUGGUAAAAAAUUGGAGGCACUUGAAGUUGUGAACAUUUUGCCUUCAUUCCAAAAGAAGCAGAAUCACUCUGUGGAACAAAUUUCCUCUUCUCCCCUCUGCUGUUUGUGGUUUCUAAGUUGACAGUGCCUUAAGGUUUUCUCCUCUCGUUAUUUUGGUGCCUUGAGCAUUACAGAUUCUUGUGAAAAAAUUAAAGGAAUCAUUUUACCAUUCUGUGUGGAGUGGAUUCAGUUUUCACUCAGUAUCCCUCUUGUUAAAGUUGAAGGGCACAGAGACCCACAAAAGGCUGCUUGCACUUGGUUAAUAUUUAUUAGUUUUCAAUAUUUCAUGUAGCUGAAUCCCUGAUCAUUCCAGAACCAGCUGCAGGCCUGCAGCAUCCCAUGAGACCAAAAUUAGGUGUGCGAACCACGUAGGAUUUAAGGUGUGAAAAAGCUGAAGGGUUGCUCUUCAAAAUGGGAAUGUUUAACCUGAAGGAAAUCUUCAACCACCACUUUAGAUAUUAAACCUCUAUAGCUGUAAAAAGAAACAGAUCCUGGUUUCCCUCAA